UUGUAUCUUAAGAACAGUUGGAACUCCCCCCUCUUUUUUCCGUUUUUGUAAAUUUGAGCAUUUUUGUGCAUUUUAUUGUUUAAAAAUUUUCUGAGGAAGUAGAGUAAAAUUGAGGAUAUAAGUAAGUCCAUUACGUUCAUUGAUAGAUAGAAAGGAAGAGGAGAUGUUUUCAAACAAAGCUUGUAUGUAUAAACUUUAUAAGCUCUUUAAAAACAUAAAAUUUCCUCACUACUUUUAGUUAUUUUUUCAGACCGUUUCUGCCUUAAACCGUAUGCGAGGUUCUGCUGAGACGAAUGACCAAACGCUUGGACGUAUAUCAAAUGCGGUGUAUUCUGCUGAUUAUGGAAUUACAUACUUGGCAUGGCGUUUGAUUUAUGGUUUGAAAGACAUGACUUCGAAUGCUUAUACUGUUGCUCAACGAAAAGGUUUGACUAGACCGCCAGUUAUUGCUCUCGGCAUUGCUUUGCUUCUUCCAAUUCUGACAGUUAUGUCACCUUUUCUUGUUGGCUUAGCUUUUGUUUUGGUGCCAACUUUCUUCUUUGGAUUUUUGUUUUUUGGAAUCCCUUCAAUUUGUGGGACUGUUGUUUUUCUUUUGUUUGUCUACCUUUUUGGUGGAAUGCCUAAAUUAUAUUCAAUGGCCAAUAAUUUGCUUAACAAAAUUUUUGGAAAUGAUUUUGGUAAUCGAAUUGAAGGGGAAGAAGGAAAUGACAAUCCGGGGACUAGUCAGAAUAAUUAG